UAGCAAUGUCCUGCGAUGGGAAGUCGGGGUCGCGCAUGCGCCUCGCUUCAAUGCCGCCGGCCUGCUGAUGGCGGUGACUUGAGUCCGGUCCGGUCCCGUCCCAUCGCUCCGUCUAUGGGUCUGAGUGCGCGGGUCCUGGGACGGUGCAAGGCACUGACCCCGCGGCAGCCUCUGCGCUACCCCCGCAGGCCCCAUGGAGCCCCAGGCCUGCAGCUGAUGCUGGCUUCCAGCCCCGCGCUGCUCCGCCGAUUAUCCCGGGACAUAGAGCUGCGGCCCGACUUCCUGAGCCCGGCCGAGGAGGCGGCCCUGCUGCGGGAGCUGGAGCGGGAGCCGCGGCUGAAGCGGCAGCGCUACCAGCGGGACCACUGGGACCAGGCAAUCCAUGGGUAUCGGGAGAUAGAGAAGUCCCAGUGGACUGAGCAGAACACAGCUGUCCUGCAGCGGCUUCGAGAUGUUGCCUUCCUGCCAGGUGUGCCCCAGCUCUCAAUGGUACAUGUGUUGGACCUUGAAAAGACUGGCUUCAUCAAUCCCCACGUGGACAGCGUGAAGUUCUGCGGGGACACGAUUGCGGGCAUGUGCCUCCUGUCGAGCAGUGUGAUGCGGCUGGUGAGUGAAGACAGCAGUGAGGACUGGGUGGAUUUGCUACUGCAGCGCCGGUCUGCUUACGUCCUGAGGGGAGCUGCCCGAUACCAGUUCAGCCACCAGAUCCUGAGAGACGAGGAGUCCUUCUUCGGAAGCCAGAAAGUACCUCGAGAUCGGCGGAUCUCCAUAAUUUGCAGGAACCUGCCCAUCAGCUCAGAGUCAGCUGAUCAUCCCUCAUAUACCCAUGAUGUACUGUGGAGAGCAUUCUAACUGGGUGUAUAUCACCAUCUCGUUUGGAGGGGCCACUACACUGGAUCGGAAAAAGCUGCAGAGGGUUGUAAACUCAGCCAGCUCCACUAUGAGCACCAGCAUCCUCACAUCAAGGACAUCUUCAAAAAAGUGUCAUCUAUCAUCAAGAACCCAUCACCACCCAGAUCAUACACUCUUCUCGUUACUAUGGUCGGAGAGAACGUACAGGAGCCUGAAGGCACACACCUAAUGUUUUAGAAAUGGCUUCUUCCCCUCACUGGAUUUCUGAAUGGACAAUAAAUUAUGUAUUUUACCGUACUGC